UGUGAGAUGAUGGAGGGGGUAACGCGGGGGGCAGUAAGCUUGGAGAGCCUCUGCCUGGUGGCCAUCCUCACGCUGCUCUGCUGCUGCUGCUGCUGUACCCAGGUCCAAGGAAGCGAGUUCUUCAUGGAGUCCUCAGAUAAGGAGAUCCUAGACUUCCUCCUACACAAAAGCAGAUAUGACAAGAGAGUAAGACCUCCUGUUAAAGAAGGUCCACUUCGGGUCAACGUAAGCGUCCUCCUCCUUAGUCUUUCCUCUCCUGAUGAGUCCAGCCUGAUCUACGAGGUGGAGUUGCUGCUGCACCAACACUGGUUCGAUCCUCGUCUCCAGCACAAUGACGCCGGACGCCACGAGUACCUCAGCGGCAUGCACCACCUGAAGGAUAUUUGGCUGCCAGACACAUACUUCAUCAUGCGAGGAGAGUUCAAACAUGAUCUGUCUCAAGACAACAUCGCACUCAAGAUCUACCGUGGUGGUAAAGUUAGCUACACAAUUAGGAGAUACCUCAUACUAUCAUGCGAGGGCAAUCUCAACAAGUUCCCGUUUGACGAUCCCUUCUGCACCUUCUCCAUGGAGAGUAUAUCGUACGAGGAACGGGAACUGACAUAUUACUGGCUCAACAGCACCGGAUCCGACAACGGCAAGUCUCUAGCGAAGUCCAGCAAACUGAGUGCUCUUAAUGCUUAUAUGAUUAUGAACAGGACGCUGGUGUGCAACGACACUUUCUUCUGGAGAGGAACGCUACUUGGAGGGAAUUACAGCUGCUUAAAAGUAGAUCUUGAAUUCAGCCGCGAUGAUGCUUUUUAUUUCAGUACUGUAUUCUUCCCCGGCAUCGUCCUGGUAACGAGUUCCUUCAUAACUUUCUGGCUGGAGUGGAACGCCGUCCCUGCCAGAGUCAUGAUCGGUGUCACCACAAUGCUCAACUUUUUCACCACCUCUAACAGUUUCCGCUCCACUCUGCCUGUCGUCUCCAACCUGAGCGCCAUGAACGUUUGGGACAGCGUGUGUAUGUUCUUCAUCUACGUAUCGCUGUUAGAAUUCGUCGUAGUUAACUACGUAGGCCGCAAAAGACCUAAGCACAACAUGGCCUACAUGCCUGGAGAAAACGCGGUCAUCCAGGUAUUAACAGAGAACAAACAUCGCAUCCCGCAGGCCAUACACCGAAUUGGCCUCAGUUUGGUAAGCGGCUGGACGGAGAGAAAACGGCCGGGUGGUCCUGCGGGCUCUGACGGCAGCGUCUGUGGCGGCAUCGGGGACGUUCCUUCCGGCAACAGGAACUCACACGAAAUGAUGUCUUGUGCCAACUGCGGCAACUCCCAGUGCUCUCACGCCAAUACGCCCAACAACUGUCCCAACGGAGAGGAUGUGACUGUGACAGAACCCGUGGAAGUCAGUCAGGUAGAGUACACUUUCAAGCCACACACGAAGUCUCCUCCUCAUCCCAUCCGAGUGGCCAAGUCGAUUGAUGUCAUCUCCCGCGUUGUCUUCCCUCUAGGCUACUUCAUCUUCCUCUUUUACUUCUUCGCUACUUACAAGGGCUUUCAAUGAGCCCUGACUCAUUCCCUCCUCCCAACCAUCAUCAUGGUUGUUCUUUCAAAUCCCCAGCUUGGAUUUGAUAAUCAAUCUUGCAUCUAUCCGCUGCCUAAAACCCACCCAUGAAGUGCCCCAAGAAGAUGCAGGAUAGCCAGCCAUCCACCAGCAUCAUCUACACUUAACUACUGCAUCAUUUCUUGCAUGUUCUUCAAUAAACGAUAAUUAUUUAGCCUGCAAAUGUUUCAAGGCACAAAUAUUUACUAUAUUUUAAUGCUCGUGCCAGACAAAAUUAUUAUACAUCUUCACAAAUUUUAAUAGUUGUAACAACACUGUCUUGAGCAAAUGAGGCUUAUAGAUAUAUACAAGAAAGUGCAAGAUGCUGGGCACCUUCUUAAAGAAGGAGCAAGAGGCGGGGCGCCUUCUUAAAGAUCAAAAGAUCUCAUUUGUAACAUCAUGUAAAUAUCAAGCAUACUUAUUUGUUAUAACUUUUGUAACAAUAUUAUUUUCUGUUGUUAUCGACUCCCAUGAUGUUACAAAGUAAUUAGAUAUGUUGAACACGACAAAAGGGCACUUGCAUUUACAGUUUAGGCCCAUUAGCAUUCAGACUCGUAGGGAUUAUUGUAGUAUAUAUUUGCAUAUUUCUAUUUUCUUGUAUAUUCUGCAUUCAGAGGGAAACGUUGCUAAACAAAGCAUUGGGGAAGCUUUAGCUGAAGGAAACUUUUAUAUUAUAAAUGUUUUGUGAAAGUUGUAGUGACAUCCUAAUUUGAUGGUUAAGUAUAUUUUCCAAUUUUAUUUUCACUUCACAUAUACUUAUUUUCGUUGUGCUUUACACUGUUAUACAGUCACAGCUGCGAGUACAACCCAGAGUGACCAUGCUGGGUCCCAUACAGACCUGAGUGUUUGCACUCAAUACGUGACUACACCAUAAAUCCACCAUCAUAAACUACCAUCAUAGAAAAGACCUACUGUCGGUUUGAAUUUAAUCUGCAUUUAUAAUUGCCAGUGGAACUAAAGGUGAGGCAAGAAGAAAAGUUGUUAAGGUAGAAUAACUUCGUUAUGCAGUCCUUAGAAGUGCCAGUUCCCUAUUAGUUACCGACCUAACACAUAACAAGGUGCUCCCCAGCCUCUGCACUCUUGUUUGCUCCUCUUCUUCUCCUUGUUGCAGCAAAAUCUCUAAAACAAAUAUUUAUAUGAAUCCUUUUAUAAUGUAUUAAAAUCACACAAACACACAUAUACACGUAUAUAUAUAUAUAUAUA